AGACGCGAGGGGUGGCAUGGCGGUAAGCUACGCCACCUUUGGCGAUGAGGGGAUGGGGAGUAGGAGGAGAGAGACAAGAAUGGAGGGGUAUAAAGUCUUCCUGGUCUUUGGAGGGAUGCUAGCUCUUGUUGCCUUUGGGAUUGUUGCCCAGAGCUCUUCGUUGAGCAGAGCCCGACGAGUUGCCCUCAAGGAGGAGAUCAACAACUACUCUGAUUGGCUCAAGACCCUCAGUGGAUCGAAGGAGGCCCCAGCUUCGUAUACAGGAAUUGAGGAUGAGCAUGAUGCCGACUUCGAGUCCCAGAGCGUCAAGCAUAGUGGCAUUUCAUAUCUCCUGCCAGGUGCUUUGCCCCAGAGCGAGGAUAUCGCAAAACUUCAAGGAGCAGAUUUCGCCAAUGACAUUAAUCAACCGGACACGUCAUCUGUGAAUUCCCAGUCACCAAUUGAUAGCGUUCCACAACUCUUCGAGAAGUUCAAGACUGAGGUUUCUCAGGAGAGAGUUCUGUACAAGGACCUCAAGAGCAUUAUGGAUGCACACAAGCUUCCGAAUCCUGAGUCACUUGUCGUCAAAGUUGCCGAGAGAGGUCCUCCAGGAGCUCCUGGGCCCCGCGGUCCCCGCGGCUUGCCUGGAGACGAAGGGGAUCAAGGCCCCACUGGUCCUCCUGGGCCCCCUGGCGACGUCGGUCCUCGUGGUGUUCGUGGAGUCAUCGGUGAGACUGGACUGAAAGGAUUUCCGGGACCUCAGGGAAAACGUGGGUUUGAGGGACGCAUUGGCAAGCGAGGACCGAUGGGCUCCCCCGGAAUUGACGGUCCUAAGGGCAGCCCAGGUCUACAAGGAGAUCCUGGUCCUCCUGGUGUUCAGGGCGACAAUGGACCUAGGGGGUCUCAGGGCCCUCAGGGACCUCCAGGAAAGCCAGGUGCAAGUGGCCCAUACAAGUAUAAGUGGGUGAUGGAAUGAAAUGCUGGUUUUUGUAUAUUCUCAAUGAACAUUGGCACGAAGC